AUGUCUGCAAAAUUGAGAGAGACAUCAAAACUCCUUCCACAAACUUCAGGGGACCCUGACUGCAUUCUGGUAAUGAAGGUGGAAGAGGGAGGGCAGGCCUGUAAUAUGGUCUCCAGCUGCCACUGGAGCAGCUACUACAGCUCAGAGACCUACUGCCAGCAGUUCAGGCAGUUUGACUACCAGGAGUCAUCUGGGCCCUGGGAGGCUCUGAGCCAGCUCCGCGAGCUGUGCUGUCAGUGGCUGAGGCCAGAGGUGCACAGCAAGGAGCAGAUCCUGGAGCUGCCGGUGCUGGAGCAGUUCCUGGCCAUGUUGCCUGAGGAGCUGCAGGCCUGGUUUCAAGAGAACCGACCAGAGAGUGGAGAGGAAGCCGUGGUGAUGCUGGAGGAGCUGGAGAAAGAGCAUGAGGCGGUGGCUGAACAGGUCUUUCUUGGACAAAAUGAGGACAUGCUUGCAAAGAAGCUACCAACUUGUGAAAUCACUCAGGAGACAACACGUAGCCAGCUUAAGCCCACAAAAAAGCAACUGCAGUGGGCAUCAAAGGAGCUUCACACCUUAAGACAAAAUGAUAGAGACACCGGAACUAUAAAUGUGAAAUCAGCUUCAAGGCGAAAGACUUCUUCAGGCAAAGAACUGCAUUACAAAGUUUCUAACACUCUUCAAAUGAAUGCUUCCCAGAGUUUCACAUUUAGAGGAACCUGUGAACAAGAUAGAAAGUUUGAAAGAAGACAGGGAAACCGUCCUCGAAAAAAACAACACAAGUGUGAUGAAUGUGGGAAAGUCUUUAGUCAGAGCUCAGCCCUUAAUCUACUUCAGAGGAUCCACAGUGGAGAGAAACCUUAUAUAUGUGAUGUGUGUGCAAAUACUUUCAGCCGAAGUGCAAUCCUGAUUCAACAUCGAAGAAUCCACACUGGGGAGAAACCCUUCAAAUGUCAUGAAUGUGGGAAAGCCUUUAGUCAGAGCUCGAAUCUUUUCAGACAUAGGAAAAAACAUGCUGGAGAAAAAGUCCCAUCAGUGCUGUGA